GUCACUACCACGUCAACACGUAAUUCGGAUGCAUCGAUGUCUGGGUAGUAAACGUUUCAGAUAGACUGUGAGCGAUGGACCGCGUAGGAUCAGACACAGAAACUGAUGAUUAUGAACAGCCUUUGCUUCAUCGGAAGAGAGACGAUGACAUAAAAAGAGCUCCUGUGCUGUGCUCUUCACGCUAUGGCCUGGCCUUGCUGUCCUGCUAUGGCUUCUUUGUGGCGUACGCGCUGCGAGUGAAUCUCAGUGUGGCCAUGGUGGAUAUGCUGAGAAACAGUAGCAGCAGUACCAAUGUCAGUGGCUCUGUGUGCCCGAGGCAUGCCAGUCCGGCACGGCCCAGACACAACCACACAGCCAGUGUGUAUGACUGGGACUCAGAGACUCAGGGCUGGAUCCUGGGCUCCUUUUUUUACGGCUACAUCAUCACUCAGAUACCGGGUGGCUACAUGGCACGCAAAUAUGGUGCCAAGUGGCUGCUGGGCUUCGGCAUCUUGGGAACUGUGAUUUUCACUCUGCUAACGCCUGUGGCUGCUGACCUGGGAGCUGGUUAUCUUAUUGCCGUCAGGGUGCUGGAGGGCAUAGGCGAAGGAGUGACAUUUCCUGCUAUGCAUGCUAUGUGGGCAUCCUGGGCUCCACCCUUGGAGAGGAGUCGGCUACUUACUAUCUCUUAUGCAGGUGCCCAGCUUGGCACUGUAGUAGCCCUUCCCCUGUCUGGUCAGAUAUGUUUUUACUUGGAUUGGACAUACGUCUUCUAUAUAUUUGGAGCUAUUGGGCUACUCUGGUUUUUCCUGUGGGCUGUUCUGGUCAGUAACACUCCUGACACGCACAGAAGGAUAUCUGAGAUUGAGAAGACCUACAUAAAAGCUUCGUUAAAAAAAGAGCUGUCUCCCACUUCAGCCUACAUCCCCUGGCCCUCCAUUCUCACAUCUGUUCCUCUAUGGGCCAUAGUUGUUGCACACUUCUCCUACAACUGGACAUUUUAUACACUGCUGACUCUCUUACCCACCUACAUGAAUGACAUUCUGGGCUUCAGCAUUAAGGAGAAUGGGAUGCUCUCUGCUUUGCCCUACUUGGGCUGCUGGCUGCUGUCUAUGGGAGGAGGCCAGUUAGCAGACUACCUGAGGGAGACCUGCCUUUUCCGCACUGUGAGUGUGCGCAAGGCCUUCACUAUAGUAGGUAUGAUGGGACCAGCUGUGUUCCUAGUGGCAGCAGGAUACACUGACUGCAACUACAUUCUGGCUGUUAUUUUCCUCACUGUCUCCUCAACUCUGGGAGGCUUUUCAGCAUCUGGCUUUAACAUCAAUCACCUUGACAUUGCACCAUCGUAUGCUGGAAUAUUGCUAGGAAUCACAAACACAUUUGCAACUAUACCUGGCAUGGUGGGUCCUGUGAUAGCGAGAUCAUUGACCAAAUCUAACACUAUUAUGGACUGGCGCACCGUCUUCUUUAUCUCAGCUGGGAUAAAUCUGUUUGGUGCUAUCUUCUACACAAUUUUUGGAAAAGGUACUGUACAGCCCUGGGCAGUCCAGCGAGUAAACAUCGAAUAAAAAGUCUUAUAAGGGACAAUAUGGCUUUAAGAAUUCAGCGGAGGAUUCUGAUUAUUCUGUUUGAAGAUUCGAGCACAGAUUAAAUCGUUCUGGUUUUGGUAAACAAAUGGCUGAAUGUUCUCUAUUAACACUUGUACGUUUUAGGAUCUUCUAAAGGGAUCCUGUGAUGUUUUUUGCUCUCUCAUAUUGUUUCCACUUCCAUGUUGUUGUUUUUUAAGCAUUUCUGAAUAAUUUAGGCAGCCACUAUUUUCAUGAAACACUUCAGUCUUCAGCCAAUGUGAAAUAGCAGAAAUUUUAAUUCAGUGCCUAAGGUUUGCUUUCAGUUUAUUUUAACGUCUCAGCAAACCUUGGUUUGUCUUAAAACCAGAAAUGGCUUGUGGGGAAGAGCUGAUAUAUGUCAGCUGUUCAACAAAUGUUACUCAUCAUUAAGUCGUUGUUCACAACUCCAUUACUAAUAACCUCUUUUUAGUGACCAAUGAUUAAAAAAAUAUAUAUUUCCAUUUGACAGAAGUCAUGUUCCAUUGAUUUGCUCGCCUUUCUAGAUGCUGCACAAUCAUGGGGCAGCUUCCUCAUUGCCAAACUUAACUUCCAUAGAGUUAUUCCACCUAGUGGUCAUAAGUGGGAACUGCAAUAAAUGCUAAUUAUGCAAGGAAUCAUGUUGCCGUGUGCGAAUUAGGGAGAAACUCCACCCGAGGAACAGCUGAAGAACCCUUAAACAUUUUUCUGCAUUUUUUUUUUUUUUUAGAGUAUACAGUAAAAUGCUUUUCACUGUUUCAUCUAUUCAAUUCAAUUUUAUUUGUAUAGCGCUUUUUACAAUAGACAUUGUCUCAAAGCAGCUUUACAGAAAUAUCAACAUGGUAUACAGAUAUUAAAGGAGUGAAUUUAUCCCAACUGAGCAAGCCACUGAGUCUAGGAACACGAAGUAAACUGAGCUAGAUUUAAACUGUAGCUUAAAUACAGUUUUUCUUUAAAUGCAGAGGUGCCAACAUCUAUGGUUCAUCUGCGGCAUUUACAAUUUAAGACCCUUUGGGGAUAUGGGAGACACUUGGGAAAACUACACUGUCCUGAUUUUUCAGUUGAAAGAAUGACGCACAAAUAAAAUCCGCCUGUCAGAAAAGUUAUUUUACUGAAGGGGAAAGCAUCUUCUCAUUUGCUUCUGGUAACCUUUACUUUUGCUUUGUGUUGAUAUUUUGUAGGUUAAUUUUGACCUAUAGAUUCACACGGCUGGUCUUUUGAAGCAAUAGUAACCAGUUGAUUGGGACUUUAGUCUAUGUGGGGGGGGGAUUAGGAACUCCUUAUUUUUAAGUAGUGGUCUCACCAUAUGACCACUCACUGUUUCUUUGCACACAUUGGGGGGGGGGAGCCGCAUUAGCCAUAGUCUAAAUAAGCUAGGGUUUUGGGGGGAUAAAAUUCUGUUUUGUCUCUCUGCUUAAUAAGAUUUACUUGUUAACAAUGUUGCCACACCUGUAAAUGUAAAGGUUGUUAAUGUUCAGUGUUUGGAGAAAGAAAUUCCACUCUGGUUGCACAGGUCUUAUAUCAGCAGUGACUGAUAACUGGUUCAUUGCACUCUACAUGCUGUUUUAGAUUUUUAUACUUGUAUGUUCUGUUUAGAAUUACCGUUGGUUAUAAUAAUUUUGAAGACUGAGCAAAUAUGAUGGAAUGUAAAAUUUGUUUAUUUUAUGUUAAUAAGGAAAUGUCUGAAAGUCAUGGAGUCAAAUUAAAUCACAUUUACGCUUUGGUGAAAUUUUUUAUAAAGCAAGUGAAACACCUACAUAACAUUCCCUUAAUUUUUCUUGUGCCUUAGUUUUAUUGUAUGCCUAUAAAACACUUGACCCACAAUCUCUGAGAUUUUACACUGUUUUACUUUUUUAUUAUUAUUUUUUAAAUUUUUAAUUAUAAACAUAAUAUGGAUAAUAUGAUGCCGUAAAAGGGAGGCGUUAUAUUUGGUUGCUUGUUUUUUUAUUAAAAUUUUUUUUUUUACAUUUCACAUUAUAUUUUUUAGCUGACUGUAAUCUAUUGUUUAUAAGAAUGACUCUUAAGUUAAAAGAACAUUCAUCCCCAUGCAGUUUGCUACAUGGCUGAAGUAUUGUGUAAACCAUGUCUAUUCCACAUUCACCUAUGAAAAGUCUUGCAUUCACUUAAUUUCCCCUCAUCAUAAAAAGUCAUGUUCAAUCCAAGUAAUUAAAAUGCAUAAAUCAG